AUGAAAGUUUCUCAACCAAAAUUUACACUAUCUAUCUAUCUAUCACAGUCUCAUCUAUCUAUCUAUCUAUCUAUCUAUCUGCUUCUUAAUAUAUUGUAUUUUGUUCGUUUCUCUCCUUCUCUCACACUCAUUCCUAUCUCUCUCACUCCCUCUCUCGUAUUAUCUAUCUAUCUAUCUAUCUGUUUCUUAGUAUGUUGUAUUGUGUUCUUUCUUUCUUUCCAUCUCUCACUCUCUCUUUUAUUUCGAGCUCUCUUUUCUUCCUCUCUCUCUCUCUCUCUCUCUCUCUCUCUCUCUCUCUUUUGUAUUAUCUAUUUAUCUAUCUGUUUCUUAGUAUAUUGUAUUUUCUUACUUUCCCCCUUUCUCUCACUCUCGUUUUCUUUCUACCCGCUCUCUCUCUAUAUAUAUAUAUAUCUCGCUCACUCUCUUUCUCUUUCGCUCCCGUAUUAUCUAUCUGUUUUUCUUCGUUUUAAGUCAAUUCAUAUUUAUCUAUCUAUCUAUCUAUCUAUCUAUCUAUCUAUCUAUCUGUCUAUCUCACUGCCCCACUUUCACUUACCUAGAAAAUUUGACCUUUUUUUUUUCUUAUUUAUGCGUUACGACGCUAUUCUUUAA